GAAUUCUCCCGCAGACGAUUAUUAAUAUAGAAGGAUCUGGCAAUACAUCUGCCUUUUGUAACAGGUACUGAACAAACAUUUAAAACACCUGUACCCUCGAAACGACAGAACACAAAAUCAAAACGUAUGCAGUUGACAGCAAGAACGCUAAUGCAGCUAUUUAAAUUUCCUAGCUACUUUGAUGGUAAACAUUUUACCACACAAAGAAAUGUGCUUGAAGUAGUUUCUUUUGUGAAAAUAAAUCCUUCUAAUUGAAUUCAAAUAUCACUACUUUUCGGAUGAUUUAUAUUUCGAUUCAUUGAGCUGAGCGGAAUAAAUUAUAUUUUCUGAGAAUUCACUAAAUGUUCUGGAAUUGAAACAUUGUUGCGACCUGCAUUGUUUUUUUUUAACGAGGAACAAGAUUCGAUAUUUGGAAUUCUUUGUUUCAAUACAAAUUCAAUAUUUGUAUCGUUAUACUCAGCAAUUCUGUGAAAUAAUAUAUUUUAGAUUUUAAUUUGUUGCAUAUGGAUUUUUAUGCAGUAAUACGUGAUAGAAGUGUGAGAUUUCAAACAAUUGGAUUACUAUGAACGUUUCUGGAUUAAAGAAAGUAAAUAUAAUUUGCUUUUACUGAAGUGAUUACUGCGAACCUCUUUGAAUUAGGAAGAAAUCGCUAAUUAACUUUUUUGGUGAGCUUGAUUAUUUUGAACCAAAAAGUAAUUAUAAUUAAUAUUUAAUGAAUUGGUUACUUUGAAUUUCUUUAAAUUAUGAAGUAAUAGCAACACAAAUAUUUGUUAAAUUAGAUUACUUCGAGUAAAAAUUAAUUAUAACUAAAUUUCACUUAAUUGUAUUACUAUAAACUUUGAUUCGAAUGUAAUCGUAAUUAAAUAUUUUCUUUUUUAAUGCUGAAAACUCUGUGGAAAAGACAGAUAAAUGAUUUUUUUACUCAGCUGUAUUAAUUUUGAUUUCAGUCCUGUGAUUGAAAGUAGUUAUAAAUAUUUUUCAUUGCAUUCUAUUUGAUAUUGUGAAUUUCUCAGAAUUUUCAUGAAAUAGGAGAAAUUUACCUUCUAAUUGAACGUCUUUUAUCAGAAAGAAGAAAAAUUAGUGCACUUAAUUUUGAAAUAUUAGUUAAGUGCUGGCAUCGAAUCUCGGUUUUAAAUCAGAAACGUAUGAAAUUUGUGUUUUUUAAAUAGUAAAGCGCUUGCAUUGAAUCUCGAUUUUAACUCAGAAACGAGAGAAACUACUGCUCAUAUUUUUUUUAAAAGUGAAGUCAUUGAAUGAAAUCCAUAUUUUUUUCUCAGAAACUAGCGAAGGUAGUGAACUCAGUUCUAAAAUAAAUAAGCAUCGAAUCUCUGUUCUUUAAUUUCUUCGUCGUACAUUUCUUCAUAUUUUCAACAUUGAAACUGGAUACUAUAAAAAUGAAAUACCAAACAUUUCAAAAUUGUGAAAUGACAUCUUCAAGCGAAGAAGACUCGGAUCACGUAUUAGGAAAUUUAUUUAAUAUCCCUGUUGUGAAUAGAGGAUAUUCUGUAUGGACAGCAUCUAUUUAUAUUGUUUCAUUGAUGGCCGGCAUGGGGGUGCUGGCCUUACCUUACGCUCUUGCUGGUGCCGGAUGGUUUGGUCUUCCCCUCAUUGCCCUUGCUUGCAUCAACAGUUGGUACAGUGCAAUUCUCUUGGGUAGAACAUGGAUAAUGCUGGAAGAGAAAUGGGAAGAGUACAGAGGAAAGUUUCGAUAUCCAUAUCCAGCAAUGGGUCUAAGGGCUGCUGGACCCUGUAUGAGGUAUUUUGUAACAGCUACACUACAUGUCACUUUAAUAGGUGUGGGUGUCGUCUACAUUCUACUCUGCGCACAAAUAGUUCAGUCGAUGACUGACCAAAUUUAUCCAUUAACUUACGACACGUGGAUUGUGAUUCUGUGUAUCUGCCUCUGCCCUCUCACUUGGUUUGGGAGAUUUGAAGAAUUUUGGUUUGCUGCCAUUGGAGCUAUGGUUACGGCGGCUUUAGCUUGCUUCAUGUUGUUUGCUGGAACUCUUCUAGAAAGAUCUCAUCUUCAUGCAGUAGUUUAUAAACAACCCACCUUCCCAUCCCUCUCUCUGUCCUUUGGGACGAUAUUAUUUGCAUUUGGAGGUGUUUUCUUUUUCCCCAAUAUUCAAAACGAUAUGUCAAACAGACAACAAUUCAACCAAGCGACCCUUUUAGGAUUCGCAGGACUUUUAAUCUUCUAUUUACCGGUAACCAUAACAGGAUAUCUCGUUUUUGGAUCUACUGUUUCACCUAACAUCCUUCUCUCUAUACAAGAAGGGUAUCUAAGAUCAUCCAUCGAAGUUUGCCUAGCUGUUCACAUACUUUUAGCUUUUCUGUUAGUGGUCAAUCCGGUGGCACAAGAAAUUGAAGAUCUUCUGGCGGUCGCAUCAGACUUCAACUACAAACGAUGUUUCAUUAGAAGUACCAUUAUGUGCCUUAUUUUAAUUAUUGCUUACACAAUUCCUCAUUUUGACAAAGUUCUCAAUUUGAUUGGAGGUUCAACCAUGACCCUCUUAACUUUCAUCUUUCCUCCUCUAUUUUAUUAUUUGCUAAACAAAGAUGAAGUCAAACUCAGCUAUCACAGCAGAACGCCUUUCCUUGAGAAGAUCUUUUUGCUUCAAAUAAUAGUAACUGGGAUUGCAGGUGGAAUUUCAUGUACAUAUUUUGCAUUUAUGGACAUCAUUGAUGUGCUUACAGGUGAAAAUGUGGCUCAGAAAGCAAUGAAUGUUUCGAUGUAGACUUAUAUUUAAUUAAAAAUAAUGUAUAUAUUGA